AUGGACCGCAGACCCUCGCCAUUGCCCGAGUCUUCUUCCUCUAUUCCUGUAACAACCGACGAACAUUACCGUAUCCCGCUCUUCACCUAUGUGACACGCACAUCUUCUACCUCGUACACGACAGACAUCCGUCUCUUCUUCGCGAUCACCGUCCUGAGCUCACUCAUCUUGUAUGCGAGAGGCUUCAGGUGGGAGUUUNUGGUGUUUCUCCUGGUAGGCGGAAGUGUUGUCUGGAAGACUGCGAGACGGAGAGAUGGCAUGGAGUUCAAGAGGGUGAGGAGGGCGCUAAGAGGAUGA